GUGUAGUGUCCGUCGAGCGAGGCACUGCACAGAGCAACAGGUAGUGUAGCUUUUGCUGAGUCACCGUUGCCGAUUUUGGAACUGCAGAUAAUCAUUUCCUUCAUAAGAACGUCUAGAGGUGAAAGACAUCAUCAUCAUGUCGGGUGCUAAACAAUUUGUAGACGCUGCAAUUGUUGACAACAAGGUGGUUGUAUUUUCCAAGACGUAUUGCCCCUACUGCAAGAUGGCCAAAAGUGCCCUGGACAAGUGUGGUGGUAAAUAUAAGGUGAUCGAGCUGGAGAGCCGGAGCGACACGGAUGCCAUCCAAGACUACCUGCUCAAGCUGACUGGAGGAAGAAGUGUACCACGUGUCUUUAUUGGCGGAAAGUUUGUCGGCGGUGGAACUGAAGUUGAACAACUGAAGAAGGACAACAAGCUAACACCAAUGCUGCAGUCUGUCGGUGCUCUUUAAAAUGUGUGUGAAUGUGAAGUGAUAGAUGUUAAAUUUUAAUCAACAAUUCAUAAAGAAUAUUCAUUUUGGUUUUUACCCCAUGUACACAGAGUGUGUGAGCACUGUACUUUCCCGAGUUCUGUGAAUGUUGUUUACAACCCCCGCCUCUAGCUACUGGGCAAUCUUGGUGGUCUAGUUGGUACUACAGUAGAAUUGCAAAGGUUUCAGGUUCGAAUGUAAUAUGACUAUGAUUUUUUUCAUAGAACUCAGGAAAAGUACUGAGUAGACAGAGCUAUAAACACACAUCGGGUGUAUAUGGGUAUAAAGCAAAAUGAAUGAGAAUUGAGUUGAGAAAUACUCACGAUAACUUCAGACCAAACGAGUUUCUAUUUUUUAAGGAGUAUGAGCUUAAUCAGCAUUAUUGAGUGGACAAUAUAUGAGUAAACUGUUUGGUUUGAAUGUCUACAGGCAAGUUUACCCAAACCUAAUGAUGUCAUUGUGUCCACCAUAUCUCAAAAUGGCUUAGUGCUCUUCUUUACCUUGGCAGAAGAGUGUGAGAAAUAUGAUGUUGUCAUUGUUACACACUGUGGUUAUCUGUUUUUUCAUUGUUACACACUGUGGUUAUCUGUUUUUUCAUUGUUACACACUGUGGUUAUCUGUUUUUUUCUUUGAAUGUAUGGCUUCCCAUGGUUUUCCAACCCUGGUUGGCAAAAGCUCCAGGAUGGGACGUUGCAAUAGACAGCCCUUUACUUAUCAUUUCAGUUUCUGCUUCAAACUUUGAAUAAUGGGAAAAACUAAACCAACAUAACGUACAGUAUUGGUAUGAUUUUUGUUGUUAUAACUUUAAAUCUUAAAGCUCACCAAUUCCAGUAUAAAUCUAUCUCUGCAGAAUUAUGUCUGUUUGAAAAAGAUGUCAGAGUCAAGAAAUUUGAAAUUGAAAACCAUACAAAUCAGAAAUCACUGUUACUUAUUUUGAGCAUUGUUUGUGUAAUUUCUAUAAAGUGUGACCACCGAACUUUAGAGUGUGUUUAUUAAAAACUAUAGCAUAUGAAGAUACAGUUUUCUCUAAAACAAAUUGUUUUUAGAAUACAAAAAUAGCUGCUUAUUUAUGUUUUUUUUAUUAAAAAAUGAGCUUUCAAAUACCUGGUAUGUGUUAUUUGAAAAAGUUGUGAUAAAGUGUUUAAAUAUCAUUGAACUAGAAGACCAAGUUUAGACAGAAUCAAGACAGAAUCCGAAGCUUUUGAAACAAUUGUGGUGACAAAGGCAAAGUGAUAGGCUGUAAAACAUCAAAAGCUAGAUUGGAUUGGGUUAGCAAAUCUGCCAACCUGAUUUGACAGUAAGUUCCCUGAAAAGUUCUAAUCUUCUUGAGUGUGAAUAAACGGAGUCGUAUAACUCCAAUCAAGAGAAGAAAAAAAUGUGAGAAACGGCUCCCUCUGAAUUCGUAAUUUUUGAGAUAAUUAUUAGUAACUUCUCAGUAAAAUAGUUGAAUUGAUUUUGAGUCUUCACGCGUAAAACAAAAACCCCACAUUUAUAAUUGUAGUGAGAGAGAGACAGAUUUAAUUUGAUUUUCCCAAUCUGAGUUUUAUUCCCGACUUCUUUAAACAAAUUAUUAAAGUGAAACGCAGCAAAUGUUGGAACAUCAGG